AUGGGGAAUAAUGAGAAGGCGCGCUUGCACAGCAUCAGGCAAAGCCCUGCAAAGUACUGGCAUUCCCUCGCCCAACUCAAAUUCCCCCGUGACUAUCGUAGCGAUCUACCACCUAGCCUCCACCGGUUCACUGGUUAUCGCCCCCCAGAGGCAGGACCUCCUUAUGAUCCGCUACCAAUCCCUCCAUUCAUAUGGCUCCACAAAAUCCCCUUAAAGUAUGAGACUUGGCUGUUUGCAUGGAUCGGGGCUUUUGGGGGUAUUCUCUUAAUUGAGGCAAUUAUGUCCACAGAUACCGCAUUCCGCGAUGUAUACCAUACCCCUACUAUUAUCACAUCAUUCGGUGCCUCAGCUGUGCUGCUCUUUGGGGUAGUCGAGUCUCCUGUCGCACAGCCUCGAAAUUUUGUCGGUGGCCAUUUUCUUUCUGCAUUGGUCGGAACAUGUAUAACUCGGCUUUUUGUACUCAACGGCCAGUACCAGGGAUAUUUAGACAACACGCACUUUCACCCUUCGACCUUUAUUAAUGGGGGCAUCUCUAUGGCAACAUCAUUACUCGUGAUGUUGAUUACACGAACUGUUCACCCACCGGCCGGAGCUACGGGUCUCAACGCAGCCGUUCAAUCGGACGUUGUCAGCCUAUCGUGGCGCUAUCUUCCAACCAUACUUGCUUCAUCAUUAAUCAUGCUCGCCUGGGCAAUCCUAGUCAAUAAUCUGGGUCGUCGGAGGUAUCCCCUGCAUUGGUGGGCUCCGGGGCCUACUUUUGUCCUGCCUCCGGGCCAAAAUCACAACAAGGAACUGUGUCGAGUAGAAGAAGGCGAGAUAGAAAGGGACGCGCAAGACCGAGAUCCAGCUAUUGAAAUUGACAACUCUUCGGAAGACCACCGUACACGAGUCGAUUCUAUGAUGACAGGUAGUUCCGGUGGUGCUGGUGCUGCUAAAACUGAGAGCCACACAAAUUGA